AUGUCUGCCGCGUCUAUUCACUGUUCUCCUUCAGAUUGGCAUAAAGAAAGAAUGACGGACCCAGUUGAUGGUCUGAUUGAUCUGACCAUCCACACUCUUCUAUCGAGUAUGGGCAAUUACGAAUUCGGCGUCACAGACGUACCCUUCUUUGUCGCAGAUCUAGGGCAGGCCAUAUGUCAACACCGCCGCUGUUGUGGUACUAGACCCAAACUGACGAUUGGUGCCCCAGCGGUGAAAUGCAACCCGGACCCUACGCUGCUCCGACUGCUCGCUGAACUCGGCACUGUCGAUCCAUCACGCAUCAUAUUCGCCAACCCGUGCAAGUCGGCCUCCUCGCUCCUAUUUGCUGCCAGGGCGGGAGUUACUCUGACUACCUUUGAUAAUCUGGACGGACUGGAGACCAUUCAAACAUUUCUUCCCACUGCACGGCUUAUGCUACGGAUCUAUGCCUGUGAUAACGAUGCUCUCAUCAAGCUGGGCGAGAAAUUCGGCGCUCCCGUUGAGCGUUCAUUCGUUAUGUUGCAACCUGCGCGAGAACUGGGCUCGGAAGUGUGCGAGGUGAGCUUUCAUGUUGGGGCUUCGAACGCGUCGGCAUAUGCGAAUGCCAUUCAACAUGCCCACAUGGUAUUUGAGCUGGGCAAAAGCGUGGGAUAUGUCAUGAACCCCCUAGAUAUUGGUGGCGGCUACCAAGACAGCAAUUUUGAGAAGAUUUCACGGUCAGUACGAGAAGCCCUGAUGGAAGGCUUUCCGUUCCAGACACGGAGUAUCGCAGAGUCAGGGCGCUACUUUGCCAGAAGUGCCUUUACGCUCGCUUGCAAGGUUCUGUCCAGCCGGUGCGACAUCGCCGAGGCAGCUCAGGAACGCCCAGAUAUUCUUUACCAGAACGACGGCGUGUACGGGAGCUUUAUGAAUGUUCUUCUUGAGAAGGAAGUGCUCACCAUACAUCUCGGGGACACAAAGCGAGCGCGCGGACCGCAUCGUUACUCGAUCUGGGGUCCUACCCGUGACAGCGUCGAUUGUGUUGCACGAGAAACUACAUUAGAGGCGGAAGUUCGCGCGGCUACUGAGAUUCCUCCAACCAGGCUUGGACGAUCCUACAUGCGGGCCUAUAUAUGGUCAAUUCUGUCUGCAUGA